AUGUCCUGGCAGGAAGUGCUCAGACAGCGAUUAGUCGAUAGGAAUAUCAGAGAAGCCUCUCAUGGGCCCGUUAUUGACCAGUACCGGAGAUUAGCACAGCAUACAAGACUUCUUAAUGCCCGAAAUCAGACGCUGCUCAGAGCAACAGGCGCAGCCAGGCCAAAUCCCAAUAGCUCGACGGUCAUGGUUGGCGAAGACAACCCCGUGCGGACAGCAUACAUCCAAUCUCUCGAAUCGCAAGUCUCCGCGCUCCGAGAUGAGAUGGCCGCGAGCUAUAAGACCCAGGGUCAAAACGCACAACGACUCCUCGCCAUGAACGAGACACUCCGAGAGCGAGAGGACGCGGCCCGGAUCGAUGCGGAAAACUUGCGACUCGCGCGCGAGGAAGUCGCUGUCCUGCGACGCAAGGUCGAACAACACGCGGAGCAAAUGGCUGAGAAGGAUAGAGCAUUCCAAGACUUGACCGACGAGUACAACCUGCUCAACCUAGAAUUUGGUCAAGUGGAAGAGCAAAAGGACAAUUUGAAAAAGGACAAUGCUACGCUCAUCCAGCGGUGGAUCGACAAGCAAAACUCGAUCGGAGACGUGCUCAACGAACGCAACGAAAUGUGGUAUGAGACGAUGCAGACGCGACAGCAGUCACAGGAUGGAGGAGGAAACGGGAUGAGGAGUAGACCGUCCCAGGAAUCGCUCGCCUCGUCGUUUUCGCAUGUGUCGGGAAACGGCAGUCGCCCGUUCCAGCCGCCCGUGGGACGGGAGCAGUACGAUCGGAAGGGCGCAGAUCCAGCAAAGGGGGGACUCCUUCUGAGUCCGAAUGGCUAA